GUCUUAUGUAUAUGUUCUUUAAGAAUUGGACGCACGUGUGAAACUUGUCAGUUAAGCCGUAACUCGUGAAGAAAACUUUUGUGAUUUUGUGUUUGUUUGCCAUUUCAUUUCGGAUUUCGAUUUUGGAGCUGACCGUCUAGAAUUGUUGAAUAUUUUUUUCCUAACCUCACCUCCGAGAUGACAACUUCGCAGAUUUUAGAAUUCUACGAAAACACCAACGUAUUUAUCACAGGUGGUACUGGUUUCCUCGGGAAGUUACUGAUAGAAAAACUGCUCAGGAGUACAUCAGUCUCUACAUUGUAUUUAUUAGUUAGACCCAAGAAGAGCAAAGAUAUCGCCACAAGGAUAACAAAUAUAUUCGAAGAUGUGAUUUUUGAAAAAUUACACAAGGAAUGUCCAAAAUUUAUGAAUAGAAUCGUGACUAUCCACGGAGAUAUAUCUCUGCCUGAUUUAGGAAUAUCGAAGACGGACAGACAGAUGUUGGUAGAAAAGGUUAACAUCAUUUUCCAUGUCGCCGCCACAAUGAGAUUUGACGAAAACCUUAAAAUUGCAUAUUGCGUCAACGUUAAAGGAGCUCAGGGAGUUCUCAAUCUCGGAAAGAAUAUGAAAUACCUCAAGUGUGCAAUGCAUGUUUCGACAGCUUAUUCGAAUGCCUACUUGGACCUAAUAGAAGAAAAAUUUUAUGACCACCCUCUUCAUUAUGAGGAAGUAGGAGGAAUGCUAGAAACGAUGACUGAAUCGGAAGCUGACAAACAUACAAAAAGGAUUAUUGGAGGCUUUCCGAAUACGUACUGCUUCACAAAAGCACUAGCUGAAUCAAUGAUAAGAGAUACAAGUGACAAAAUACCCAUAGGAGUUUUCAGACCAUCUAUAGUUAUUUCAACCAAUAAAGAACCAAUCAAAGGAUGGGUUGACAACUUGUAUGGUCCAAUCGGACUUAGCGUAGUGUUCACGCUAGGACUGUUGAAGGUUAUAUUCUGUGAUUCUGUGAAAAAAGCCAAUAUAGUACCUGGAGAUAUGUGCGUAGCAGCGUUGAUUGCUGCAGCGUGGGACAGUGAACAGAAGCAGAGAAGACAAGGCUAUACUAAAGAAAUCCCAAUAUACAACUACGUUUCGAUGGAGAACACUUUAACAUGGGGAGAAUUCUGUGACUUACUCAGAAUUAAUGGCCAAAAGUUUCCACACAGCAAAAUACUAUGGACCAUUGGUUAUACAUUCACGGGUAAUAUCUAUUUCUACAUGAUUAUAAAGAUAUUUUAUCAUAUGAUACCGGCCAUCAUUAUAGACGUCAUUGGAAUGUUAUUCUUCAAGAAUUUAGGGAUGUGGAAAACGUACGACAAAAUUCACAAAGCAUCUUAUGUCGUUUCUUUUUUUUCUCUGAGAGAAUGGAAAUUUUCGAACAAUAAUAUUGAGAAAUUAUGGAACAAACUAGACGAUACAGAAAAGAAUUUGUUCUUCUUCGAUAUGAACUCCUUAGAUUUAUGGAUGUUUUACAAAAAUUACGUUCUGGGCAUUAGGAAAUAUGCCCUGAAGGAUUCUCUUGACUCUUUGGAAGCAGCAAAAAGAAAACUGCGAAUUUUAUGGUUCCUCCACAACAUUCUGCUUUUUCUGCUUUAUUUCACGAUGUCAGUAUUGGUUUGGACUGUUUUCCGGAAGUUUAAAGGUGUUCAGCAACUUUGUGGGGAUAUCAAUUAAUUCAAAUUUGAAGUAGAUUGGUGAUUAUUGUUAUGUUGCGUAACUUCAAUUUAUUGCAGCGUUAUAAAACCUUAAAAUUAUCUACGUUAGAGUUAAAAAUAAAUAUUUCAACUUUUAAGAGGGAAUAUAAUUAUAUUAAUUUGAAA